CAUCCGAUCACUUGUACUUGCAGGGCGAUCAAGCGGUCCAACCGCUUCCACCGCAAUGGUCACUCGGGUGACUGCAAGGCCUCCAACACGACCAACAUGAUCAUCUUCACCGGCAUCCAGAUCCUGCUCUCGCAGCUGCCCAACUUCCACAAGCUCUGGUGGCUCUCCAUCGUCGCCGCCGUCAUGUCCCUUGCCUACUCCUCCAUCGGGCUCGGCCUCUCCAUCGCCAAGAUUGCAGGUGGGGUGCACGCCAGGACAACGCUGACUGGGGCGACCGGGGGGGUCGAUGUGUCCGCGACCGAGAAGAUCUGGAAGACGUUCCAGUCCAUGGGAGACAUCGCCUUCGCCUACUCCUACUCCAACGUCCUCAUAGAAAUCCAGGUAAUACUUUCAACUCAGAAACUGCGUGCGGUACAGUAACCUUGGAAAUUUCAC